GGGCUGCCGCGGGGCUUACUGGGAAGCGACCGAAGCCUGGUGACUUUUAAGCGGCCUGGAAGGUAUUGUUUGGCCUUGCUAAUUGUGCCGCGAUGUGGUUCGAGAUUCUCCCCGGGAUCGCCGUUAUGGGUGCGUGUUUACUCAUUCCCGGAGUGGCCACUGCGUACAUCCACAGGUUCACUAGUGGAGGCAAGGAAAAAAGGGUUGCCUAUUAUUCAUAUCAGUGGACAUUGAUGGAAAGAGACAAGCGAAUCUCUGGAGUUAAUCGUUACUAUGUGUCAAAGGGUUUGGAGAACAUUGACUGAGGAAGCAUUUUCCUGAUUGAUGAAAAAUAACUCAGUUAUAUGCAUCUACACCUAGAAGGUUAUGUAGUGUAUAGUAUAGUGCCUAAUAAAAAUUAAAAAGUAAAAUCAAA